GGGGUCUAGAACAGACGUCGACGAAAUUUCUAUUGCAGAAUUUGAACUACGUGUGCAUUAUCUACCAUCAGAAAAUGGUGUAAUUCUAACAGCUGGCGAGGAUAUCAUCCUAUUCACUCAAGAUAUUAUCCACUAUUUACCCGGAUUCGAAAAUUGAGAACAUUCCAACAUGUCUGCAGAACUUAGCACAUAUCAUUACCACCCACUACAAGAUUCUGAAAUUCGCCUUAUCCAGCUGCACCCCGCUCAGCAAUAUUGCGAUGAUAUUUUACUAACAAUCUUUCACCAACCUUUGAAUGCACGUAAAGAGGAGUCAAAACCCACCCGCCUAUCUCGAACACAGCUCCAGAGCACAUUACCCAAGGGAUGGGAGGUUUUUGAAACCCCCGAGGGCCGGUAUCUGUUCUGCAACGAUCCCGCUGAAGAGGAUGAAAGUGAGGAUGAUGAUGAAACGGAAGAUGGUAGUAAAGCCCCGCAAGAUAGUGAAUCUGAUGGAUCCAGCAAUGGUGAUUUUGUAACCACAUGGGAACAUCCCGAUGCUCACAUAGACCGUGCUCUAUAUGAACUGCCUCCUGAUAGCACAUUUUGGGAGCAAGAUGCUGUUUUUGAGGCUCUUUCAUACCAGUGGGGAACGCCAAACAACCCCGGCACCGCAUUUAUCAAGCCUUCUUCAAUCGGUAACGCCAGUGUAGCCACGUUUUCUAUUGGUAAAAAUCUCGAGUCUGCUCUACGACACCUACGGUAUACCUCUAAGCAUCGUACACUUUGGAUCGACGCUAUUUGUAUCAACCAAAAUGACAACACAGAGAAAGCCGCCCAGGUGGUCCGCAUGGCCGAUAUCUACUCCCUGGCAGCGCGAGUUGUUGUUUGGCUUGGGCCAGAGAAAGACGACAGUGACCUUGCCAUAUCAACGCUAGAAUAUUUAGGUGCUCAGGUUGAAACAACGCUGGAUGCUUAUCGGUUGACAUCUCCUGGAGCUGAAGAGCCAAUGUGGUACGAUAUUGACUAUAGUCUGCCAUACAGCGAUGCUCAAUGGAAAGCAAUCGAAUGUCUAAUUUUAAGAGCAUGGUUUACUCGCGUGUGGACGGCUCAAGAAAUUCACUUGGCAAACCGCUUAGCCAUCAUUCAAGUCGGCAACGCGACACUGUUAUGGUCUCUUUUCCGUCGUGCUACAGAAUGUUUAAAGGAUAAACCGAAUCAUGGAGAAGAGCGUCUUUCCCUCUCAAAAGUGACUAGUUCUACUUUGAAUGGCAUAGGCCGGCCAUUGAGCGACUUAUUUCGUCGCUUUGCGCACCGCGAAUGUUCCAACGGGCAUGACAAAGUGUACGGUCUGAUGGCAAUGGUGCCUUCAGCUUUUGUUGCGGCGACUAAUCCAGAUUACACGCAACCAGUUACAAAGACAUACGCGGAUGCUUUUAUUGCCGAUACAAAAUUACUCGAGCGGUGGGAAAUCUUUGGCUGCGAUGUUGUAGAUCGCACAUCAGACUUUGACAAUGUACCUAGUUGGGUACCGGAUUUGAAGUCCAGCAAACGACAUGCGUAUUACUCGGGACUUUUGCAAUUCACCACAGGGAAUUCACGGCUUGAUUGCCAAUUUUUAGACUCUAGCAAAUUCCGAGUAAGGGGUUUGCGCUGCGCGACCGUAAAGAAAGUGGGGAUAUAUGCUAUUUUACAUCCACAAGCUACCUUGUUUGCUAUACGUUUGUGGGAGCCGGAAGAUUUAUACACAGGAACCUAUGUUACUGGAGAGCCACUUAUAGACGCCUUCGCUAGAACACUCUUGCAGAACGACUUGAGGGAGCGUAACCCAACAGACAAAGGGUGGCCCACGUUGGCGGAGUGGAGAGCUUAUUGUAAAAGAUAUAUAUUCUCUGAGUCGGCAGAACCUUUAGAAAUCCUCAAUUCCAGUCACUACCUUGAUGACAUGGUUUCCGGAAGAUGUGGCAGAAGAGUCUAUAUGGAGACUGAGGAGGGGUAUAUUGGCCUUGGUCCAAGAGGCUGUAAGCCAGGUGAUAUAAUAUGCGUUAUUCCUGGUUGCAACUCACCCGUUGUCCUUCGCGGAACCGACGAUGGAGAUUUCCGACUUAUGGGAUCAUCAUUUGUUUACGGUUUAAACGACUGCCAGGCACUUCUAGGAAGUCUAAAAUAUCCUUGGCGAGUUCAGAUAUUUGAUCAUCCGGAUCAAGAUUUUAGAAUAGAGCAUAGGUACUACAACCAAAAGACAAGAGAGCUGGCAGUGUCAGACCCCAGGUUGGAAGAUCAUCCUGAAUGGGAAAGGGUAUCACUCGAAGACUUGGGGAGGCCUUUAACUGGAGACGACCCGAUUAUUCUUGAGUUUUUUAAGAACAAGAUAACUGGAGAAAUAAUGAACUCUGACCCAAGGCUAUUACCGGAAGCAUUAGAGGCUCGAGGAGUUGACUUGCAAUGGUUCACGAUAGUAUAGUUCUAUUGCGAGUAAACAUGUACCUAUUCCCGCAGGCCAAACUUAAUAAGGAAGAUCGGUAUAAGUUGUGAAACUUACUUAUCUGUUUAGGAUGGUAUAGUAUCUCCAUAGUAAAGAAAUACAUUUUAUACUCGU